AUGGCAGAUACGGCGGCGCUGACGGAAGAAGUAUGCACCUGCCGCGAUGGGGAGCUGCAGCAGCCGCCCGCCAAGGAGCGUCCGCCGGCGCACGAAGUAGCAUCUGCUGCGAUGUCCGAGCCACAGAGUGACGCGCCGCCGCAGCAGCCGCAGCCGCAGCAACUGGGGGCCAGGCAGAGCCCCUACGGAGGGCGUAAGCGCAUCGAGGGCAGACCGGCGCAGGCGCCGCGGAGUCGGGCACCGUCGCCGGCAGUUGCCGUGCCGCGACUCUUGCGGGUGUCAAGGAGCGGCAGGGGGUCGGCGUUGGAGCGGCAGAGGGCGAGGGCCGCCUCGGAAGGGACGCAGGAGAAUGGGCUGGGCAAGUGGUCGGCGCCGCCGCGGCUGCAACGUCUGCGCGGGGCCUCAGCGAAGAGUGGAGGUCGCCCCUACGGUGAGGGGAUGCAUGGCGCCUACGGAAAGCUUAUUCGCGACGCGGCGAGGGAGCUGGCGCUGCGGCUCCCCAAAGGCCGGCGAUCGCCGGAGGCCGUGUUGCCGUCCAGCUCCCCGCACAAGGUUGCGAGCAGCCGCCCACGCACAAGCUCCCCUGCCACCCCCUCCCCCCAUCCUCCUGCUGCCAUUCCGUCCUCGGCCCAUGCGGGGGACACUGCCUCGCGCGAGCGGUGGCAGCCGAAUGUAGCCGCGGACAGAGAGAACUCCGAGAACGGCGGCAAAGCCGUGGCGACGGGUAGCCUGAACGGGGCGAGGCAGGGCUCCAUGUCCGUCUGCGGUUAUCGGCGCGUGGUGCACCAGCAGGGGCCCCUUGCACGGGAGAGCGAGUGCGUCGUUGCCCCGGCCGCCGAGCCGAAGGCGCAGACGGCGGGUAAUGGUCGGUUGAUAGCCUUUCACGACGUGUUUUGGCGGCGCGAGCGCGAGUACCGGUGGGCCCUGCCGAAUGGGGAGGCUCGGGCUGCCGCGGCGCCGUGUGUUCCGCAGCUGGUCAUGAAGGCACCGGAGCUGCCCGCGGCGCUGGAGCUAGCCCUCGUUGACCGCUACCUCGCGGUGCUCAUGGCGUGCCCGCACGCGGAGGUGGACCGUGUCGUCGCGGCGCUCGUGCCGCAGGAGCAGGCCGAGGUGGCGCAGUACCUGCGGCAGACGUACGGCUGCCGCCGCCACUCCAGCACGCGGGCCUCCCAGUCGGGCCGGGCAACGCAGCGGCCGAGCACCGAGCGGGAUGAGUGGCUGAUGACGCACCGGCGGCACGGGCGCGGCAGCACCGUUGCCCUGCUGCACUCCCCCGCCACGGCGAGUGACGCAAACGCGCCCGCCAAGCCGAUCCCAAAGGGGAUGCGGCAGUUUUUGAAGCGCUUCUCGCGGGAGGCGUGCAUGACGUUCAUGGACGAGGCGUGUGCGGCGUGCGCGCGGCGGCGGGAGCGGGCGCGGGUGGAGCAGCCGCAGGAGGUGCAGGCGCGGGGCGUGCCGAUCCCCGCGGACGUCCUGAAGCCCCUCUACGCGCAGGUUUUGCGCCAGCUGCUCUUCCAGCUGCUUGGGUGGAGCGAAACGGAGGCCGCGCGGGUGGUGCCGGCGGUGGUGCGGCAGGUCAAUCACUACCUCGCCUCCUCGCGUCACACCGUGGUCCUGCAGAUGUGA